GGGAGGGGCUGGGUGGGCGUGUGUACCCCGGGCUCCGCCCACGUGAGCGCGCCCUCCUUGUCCCCGAAAGUCCUGGUUUCCCGGAGAGGUUUGGACGUUCUCCCCACUGACCCCAAACCCCCGCUGGGGCAUCUCGGCAACGACUGGCCCACCUCCUCGAAAGUCUUCUAGGUCGGUUCCUGAUCGCCCUGCUCUGCACGGAAAGCCCACCGAUGGCCCCUACCCCGCAGCAGCCCCUCCCACAUCCCAGGCCAGCAGGCAAACACCUGCUCACACGCUGAGGCCGUCGCUCAGAGCGAGCAACUUCACUUCUGUGCCUCGGCAUUUUCACGUCUGUCCAAUGGGAACAUAUCAGCCCUCACCCCAAAGGCUUAUUGUGAAUAUUAAAAUGAGUUAAAAGCAUCAAGUGCCGAGUGCCAGUUAGAAGGCACUGGGAAGCUAGCUAUUACUUUAUAGUAGUGUUCUCGCCUCAUUCUAAGCCCCCAGAGCCUUCUAUUUUGUUCUUUCUUCCAUCCUUGGGAUGGCCCCCCAAAACCUGAUUCCACCCAGAGUUGGUCCCUAUAGUUCCUUGUCCUCACUUCGAAGUCCCUUUUUGCAGGCAAAUUCUCUGGAGAUCCCAUUCAUUCAACCAACGGCUGUUGAGCGCCAGGCACUGCACAGGCACAGUUCCUGCAUGCAUGCAGCACCCAGAGCCUAGCGGGGAAGGAUGCAGGCAUUAUUCAAACAAUUACCCCAAUCAUUAGUUAAUAAUUAGUUGCAACUAUGAGGUAAGGCCCAGCUAGGAUCCUAGAGAUGUAAGGGUGGCUGCUGGUCUGGAAGGCCCCCCUUAAGGACUUGACCCAGAGCUGAGACCGGAAUGAAGGAGGGGUCUGCCAGCUUGGCACCACCCUUGGCCUGGAGGUAGGGUGGCUGCUCUCCUUGGGGCGGCACUCCCAGGACUCAAGUCCCAGGACUCCAAGCCCCUCCUGGGUGCCGCGCCCUGGGCUCGGAGCUCCACAAGCAUCAUCUUGUGGAUCCUCCACAGCCUUACGAGGUAGGUGCACUAUAAUUACUCCAGUUUCACAGCUGGAAAACCCAAGACUCCUGAGACAGCUGGGUCCUGCCCCACGGACCCCGGGGAUGCCUGAGUCACGACCCUAAUCCAUGUUGCCUGCCCUUUCCCCCACAUUCCUGGGCCUUCGAGUCUAUGGCAGAGCAUCUUCUUUAUUUUAGACUUAAUGGAAUGGUUAGAGUAGUUUUUCUUUUUCUUUCCCUUUUCUUUUUUCCCUUAAAGCAUAAAAGUGUAGUUUAUAACACUAUCCUAAAUGGAAAAUAGCAUCCUUUGCUAUAAAUAUGAAAUAGAUGAAAAAUUAGUCCUUCACAAUGAAACAGAAACUGUGUUUAUUGGAUUGGACCACCUGAAAUUGCCAAUGGUUGACCCCUUUUGACUACCACGAAAACAGUGAUCGCAAUUCGAUGUUUCUUACGCCUCAUGUCUGUACCAUCUCAAAUGACCUUGUGCCCACCAGUGAUGCCUGUCCCCAAUUUUGAGAACCACUGAGCUAAUUCCACCACUUAUGUAGAUGGAGAAGCUGACCCAGGAGAGCGAGGAGACUCUCUGGCCACCAUGCUGGGGACCUCCUGUUGCAGCUAAUAAUUAAUAGUAACAGUCCCCACUUACCGGGCACUUGCUCUCUGCGUGUCUUAGAUGUAGGAUCUUCUUGAAUCCCACGACUGCCUAAUGAGAGACGAGCUAUUAUUUUUCCUCCUUUACAGCUGAGAACACUGAGGCUAGCGACUUGUACAGGGUCACCCAGGUGGGAAAUGGCCCAUUCAGGACUGGACUUUCUCUCCCAUUGUUGACCUCUGUACCUGCAAUGCCAGACACUGCAGUAGGUCCUGACAAUGACUAGUGAUUGUGGCUCUGGUGACAUGGUGAGGUAAUGGAACGUCACCACACCAUCCUAUAGCUGGGACGGGCUGUAGACCAGGCAGCCAGAGAUCAGGGAUGGCCUCUGAGGAGGUGACAUUUGAGCUGAGCUCAACUCUCAGAGCCAAGAAGGACCCAGACAUGUGGCCUUAGAUUCGGAGUGUCACUGAGUAAAAUAGUUCAUAUAUAUGAUGUCCUGUCUCGGCACCGUUCAGUGUGGCAGCCGAGGGCUGAAUGGGGCUAUUGAGCAUUUCAUAUGUGAGUGCUGUGAUUGAAGAACUAAAUGUUUUAUUUCAUUUUAAUUAAUUUAAAUAGCCACAUGCGAAUAUUAUAUGGAACGGCACAGGUCUAAAAAAGAACUGUCCAGAAAGGAAGCAGCCAGUACAGAGGAUCAGGUGUGUUUGGAGAGCAGGCCUAUGAAUCGAACAGUGAGUAAAGAGGAGACAGGAGGGAGAUGGGGCCAAAGAGGUCAGCAAGGGUCGGAUGAUGCAGAAUCCUGUGGACUCUGAAUUUCGGAGUGGUUAGCCGAGAGAUGGUACUUAAAGCCGUAGAGGCACCCAGGAAAUACGUGCCGUAGGGUGGAUGGACGGGUAUUGCCCAGGCAGGUCCGUAGGUCAGUCGGGCUUCUGCCUCCUGAAAUCCAUCCCCUAGUGGAAGGAGAGAAAAUGCAGGUGGAGAGAAAGCCAGGCUUCCACAUAGCUUCAGAUGCUCCCUCCUGCCACGAGCUCUUCUUUGAAACCCUCCUGUUUGGCACUUCUACAAAAAAGGACGUUUGCCUCUUUGCCCUAACUCAACUCCUCUACAUGGAAAAUGGCAACUCCCGGAGGUCAACACAUCAAGUCAUCAGUUCCUCGUCGCCAUGACAAAAAUUCUGACCCUCUCCCCAAGUCCUGGGACCACAACUCCAGUGGGUACCGAGUUUACCUGGGCAAGCAUGCCCUGGGGCGUGUGGAGGCCGGCGAGCAGGUGAGGAAGGUGGUCCGCUCCAUCCCCCACCCUCACUACCAGGUCAGCCCCACCCACCAGAACCACGAGCACGACAUCAUGCUCCUGGGGCUGCAGUCGCCCGUCCGGCUCGGGGGCCGCAUUCGCGUCCUGCCGCUCUCCCACGAGGACCGCCUGCCCCCUGGCACCUGCUGCCGAGUGUCCGGCUGGGGCACCACCACCAGCCCCCAGGUGAGUUACCCCCAAGCCUUGCAAUGCGCCAACAUCCAGCUCCGCUCUGAGGAGGAGUGUCGUCGCAUCUACCCGGGAAGGAUCACGCCCAACAUGCUGUGUGCGGGCACAGAGGAGGGCGGCAAGGACUCCUGCGAGGGCGAUUCCGGAGGCCCCCUGACCUGUAACGGGACGCUCCAUGGCAUCAUCUCCUGGGGGGACUUACCAUGCGGGCAGCCCGACCGGCCUGGCGUCUACACUCGAGUCUCUCGAUAUGUUUCAUGGAUCCAAGAAACAAUCCGAAAAUACACAACCCAGAAGCAGAAAUGGACGAAAGGCCCACAGUAAGAGGGGGGCUACCUUACCAGCCCCCAUCCUCCCACUGUCGUCUGCUUUGCCCAGGCACUCCCGAGGGGUUCCGCUUGACCUGGUGAUCUACGUUCACAAGAUACCCAACCCCAGCUGACAUUCCCGUGUUUCAAAAGCGUUCAGUCACUGCCUGCAUCCCCAUCACCCAGAGGUUACAUCCCUGAAACAUGUCAGCCCCCAGUAUGACCCAGACAACAUUCCAGGUCUCCCAAGUGUGUAAACACAACCCAGGUUUCCAUCUGAAUGUUCUAUCUGUGGAAUGCUCUUAAAUACUCCCAUCAGCUCUUCUCAACAAUAGCCUACAUACUGUGAAGGGACCUUCCUUGACAACAUCCUAUACCCAUCCAAAUAUGUAUCCGUUGCCAAUAUUCUAGAGCCUUCUGUGUUUUGUACUCAAGGUUCUAGACUGCUGUGAUAUUUCACUCUGAAAAUAUUCUCUUGUGUUGAGAAUCUUCUGCCCUGACAAUAUUCUGUGCAUAUCUGAAUGAUUCAUCACAGUGAAUAUUGUAUCCUUAUAAUGGUUCAUUUUCACAGAGUUCUGCAUUUCCCAAUGUCCCAUCCCUACUCGCCUCCCACAUUCUGCCAAUAUCUGGUUUCUGCCAGUGUUCCCUGUCUCGGAAUCCCCAUGUCCACUAAAGAUGAAUAGCACUGUAGACUCUAGAGUGAUGUGGUUCAGUAUCUCAAGGUGCUUCCAUGCCUGGACCUGUUGUCCAUCAAAUAGCUGCCCUUUUAUCUCAUCUCCUCCGUGAAGAUCCUUGUUUUAUACCCUUGUGUUUAUUACCUUUGCCCAUGACCCCAGAAAUGCAGUGGUUAAAUGCUCAAGCCACUAGAGUCCCUGCUUUGAACAAGUCAAAAAGCCCAUCCCCUCUCUAUUUUCUCAUUUGUAAAAUAGGGCUCUUCAUUUUUCCUCAUAGCAUUGUUAUGAGAAUAAAUGUGAAGCGCUUACCACUA